ACAUCCUUGGAAAUCCCUUGAUUGGGUGACUUGGCCUUGUGUGGCUGUUGUUGCAGUCUAGCUUUGUUGCCCGUGACCUCAUUCUUCUACACAGGUACAUAAUAUUUCGCGGGCGCAACACGCUUCCUCCUCUCAACCAACACCUUUUUCUUCUUUUCUUCCCAGAACAGGCGGUUACUUCUCCUUCUUUCCUAUAGAGGCAUCCCGAUCGCAUCAUCAUCAACAACUCUAUCUUUUGAUCACCAUGUCUGCUCAAGAUUAUUACGGCGGCGGUGGCGGCGGCGGCUACCCCCAACAACCUCAACCUUCCUACGGCCCUCCCCAAGGUCAAUACGGACCUCCUCAAGGCCAGUACGGGCCUCCCCAGGGACAGUACGGCCCCCCGCAAGGACAAUACUAUGGCCCUCCUCAAGGCCAAGCUCCUAUGCAGUAUCAACAAGCUCCUCCUCAACAGAGUGGUGGAAAGGGCGGCGGCGGCGGUUGCCUAGCAGGUUGUCUGGCUGCUCUUUGCUGCUGCUGCGUUGCUGAAGAAGGAUGUGAAUGUUGUAUGGAAUGUUGCGAGUGUCUCUGCUAAGCGUCCAAUACCGAUCACCCUGGAUACGAUUUUUACGAUGCGUUUGAUAGGUCCUACUCUGACAGAGCUAAGACUAACAAGUAUGAACCAAAAACAACCGACUCUUAAUUUACUGAAUUUGAAAAUGCCGUCAUGAACCCUGCUUAUUGGAUUCUGCAAUGUGUUUUGACACGAGAAUGGAUGGUGGAUGAAAGAGCCCAUAGUAGUAAUGUCUGAACGAUCGAUACUUUGCAAGGUUGGGCUGUCGGUUGUAUGUGAUUCACUGAUGCAUGAAAA